AUGGGAAAUUUGACUUCAACAGGACGGAAGCAUAUCAGGUGGGAUCUCCUGUGCCGUGAAUUCUGGGAGAGAAUUAGCACAGCAAAAACUGAUAGGACUAAUUAUCCGGACGUAAACUUCCUGCUUCAAGAGCUGGCUCCGCGGGAUCAUGAGAGGGAUUUCAGAUACAUGCUUCUAUAUCUACAGAGCUAUGUGAAGAGGAAAACGUUUAAAGGGCAAGAGGAGAAUCUAAUAGCUCAACUGGUCAACUGCAUACUGAACGUGUGGUUUUGUGCCGGGGUUGCUAACCCAUUUGUUCGUUGGGAGAGAGUGACACAUGCCGUAGGAAUAACAACAUCUUGGGAAAAACUACAGAAUACAGUAAAGACAGGAGCCUGUGCCGCUAUUCAGCAGGCUCCCCCAGGGUUCACGGCAUCAGGAAUAUUCUCCCAAACCUGUCCCUCAAGCGUGAACAGGACUAGUAACUUAAAUUAUGAUUGCACAGGUUACUUUAUGGGUGCGCGAUUAAAUAACAGGGCGCCUGAUUAUAGGAGGAAUGAUUGGGUGAAAAUAAGAGACCUUAAUAUACCUCAAGGAGAAAUUAGUGUCUGGUUAAAGCCUCUACCUGUAAUCCCUCUCUUAAUCUUAGCCGCCUUUAUUUGGAAUGUAUGGGAUAAGGAGUGCCCUGACUCGUAUUUCUCCAGGAGGCGACGGUAA